AUCAGAUAUUUCAAGCGAGCCACACGAUUUUCCCUUUGCGAGAUCCCCCAGUCACCACUUUAAUCGCAAUGAAAUCAUUAUUUAUAAUAAGCUUAACAAGCACCAUAGUAUCCGCACAGAUUCUCGCUCAAACUUCAGCAGCGUAUCAGCGCUUUGGAUAUAUCACAGUCAAUGGCACUCGCUUUCUUCAAAAUGGCGAACCGUACUACAUUGCAGGAGCUAACUACUGGCAGGGUAUGAAUCUGGCGUCCGACUUCAGCUGGGGAGGAAACCGAACUCGACUGGAGAACGAAUUAGCCCAUUUGCAGAGUAUAGGAAUCAACAACUUACGAAUAAUGGCAGCCUCUGAAGGUCCCGAUGACCAGCCUUUCAGAAUGAGACCGUCGCUUAUGCCUUCACCUGGUAUCUAUAACGAACAUAUUUUGACCGGAUUGGACUAUCUCUUAGAUGCUUUAGACAAGCAUUCAAUGACAGCUGUCGUUACACUCAACAACUACUGGCACUGGUCAGGCGGCUGGGCAGACAACGAUUCAGACAUUCCUUAUCCUCCGUCCUGGAUACCAUACCCGGUAAAUAACUAUAGCACUGGUAGCUACGAUGAAUUUUACGAUUAUGCAUAUCGCUUUUACGACGACGAUACAAUUUCCUCUACCACCAACCAAUUAUUCAAAAACCACAUUAACGCGAUCAUGAUGAGAAGAAACACUAUCAAUGGGAAGUUGUACAAUGAGGAUCCAGUUAUUAUGGCCUGGGAGAUCGCAAAUGAGCCGCAGCUUGCACCAAAGGAGUGGACAUCUGAGAUUGCAAAGUUCAUCCGACAGAGAUCACCUUACCAGUUAGUCACAGCUGGAAUUGAAGGAAAGUAUGGAUUUGAAGACUUUUGGAACACUCAUUCCUCGACUGAGAUUGAUUAUACAACCUGUCACUUGUGGGUUGAAAACUGGGGUAUCUACAAUGCGUCCGAUUCAUCAUCAUCCAAUCUACAGUCUGCUUUGGAUUAUGCUGAUAGCUUUAUAAGCAAUUGCUCGGGCUGGGCUGUAGGUAUGGGCAAACCUAUGGUCUUAGAAGAGUUUGGUAUGGCUCGAGAUGCCUGGCGAGACCCUUCAUUUCCUCUUUAUAAAUACAAUCCUGGGACAGCUACGACCCAUAAGGAUACAUAUUAUCAACAUAUUCUUCAACUCAUUCAGAAACUAGCUUCGCACGGCGCGUCAGCAGGAGCAAAUUUUUGGGCAUACAGUGGAGACGGUUACCCGAGCGAUAUUCCAAAUUCCUUUGAUAUGGUUUGGAUAGGAGACCCACAACAUGAACCUAGAGGUUGGUAUGGUGUAUAUCACAAUGAUACUACAGUCAGUGUUAUUAAAGAAUACGCGCAAUCCAUUGUCAACGGUCAAUAAAUUUUCGGGCGACCAAAAUAAAAAAAACAAUUGAACCAGUGUUGAGAAAAGUGAUGACGUCAAACAUCUUCUAUGGCAAGUUUUUUGGCAGG